UACUACCACUACUGCUCUGCUUCUUUGCAACCUCUGCGUACCAUACCAAAAGCAACAGUCACGUCGCUGUCCUCUCUUUCUCUCUUUCUCUUCUUCUUCUUCUUCUUCUUCUUCUUCGCUUCUUAUCGCACCUAUCACCUUCUUCUCUACUUCACCAUCUCCUUCUCCAUCCAAAUGAACCACUUUUACUACUAGUUUUCUCAGUAUCUCUCUCAAAAACCAGCCAUGGAGGUGGCUUGGAGCUUCAUCUUCUUCUUGCUAGCUAGUACCAGUACCACCUUUGUGUUUCUCUGUGUUGUUUCCCAACCAGUUGAGCAGAGGGAGGCUCAGGCAUUGGCUGCCAUUAAGGCUGCUUUCACUAACUCUGCUAAUGAGCUUCUCAACUGGGAUACGGUUUCUUUUGAUUACUGCUCAUGGAGAGGAGUUCUUUGUGACAAUCUCACUUCUUCUGUUGUUUCCCUGAAUUUAUCAAACUUGAAUCUUGGUGGAGAGAUUUCUCCUGCUGUUGGUCUGCUCAAAAGCUUGCAGUUCAUAGAUUUGAAAGGAAACAAGCUCACAGGACAAAUUCCGGAUGAGAUUGGAGAAUGCACUUCUCUGACAUUCUUAGACUUAUCUGGGAACUCACUCACUGGAGACAUACCAUUCUCCAUUUCCAAGCUGAAGCAGUUGGAGGAACUGAAUCUGAAGAACAACCAGCUAACUGGUCCCAUUCCUUCAACAUUGUCCCAGAUUCCAAACCUGAAGACUCUGGAUUUGGCACAAAACCAACUUGUUGGUGAAAUUCCCAGAAUCAUUUACUGGAAUGAAGUGCUGCAAUACCUUGGCUUGAGAGGCAACUCUCUUACAGGGACCUUGUCUCCUGAUAUGUGCCAGUUGACUGGUCUCUGGUACUUUGAUGUGAGGGGGAAUAACCUCACAGGGACUAUUCCUGAUAGCAUUGGAAACUGUACUAGUUUUGAGAUCCUGGAUAUUUCAUAUAACCAAAUCACUGGAGAAAUUCCUUACAAUAUUGGCUUCCUACAAGUAGCAACUCUAUCACUACAAGGGAAUAGACUGACUGGGAAGAUCCCAGAGGUGAUUGGUCUAAUGCAGGCUCUUGCAGUUUUGGAUCUAAGUGAAAAUGAACUUGUGGGAACAAUCCCGCCGAUACUUGGGAAUCUUUCCUACACUGGCAAGCUUUAUCUGCAUGGUAACAAGCUAACAGGUCCAAUUCCACCAGAGUUGGGGAACAUGUCAAAACUUAGCUACUUGCAACUGAAUGACAACCAAUUAGUAGGAAAAAUCCCUGCAGAACUUGGAAAACUAGGAGAGCUGUUUGAGUUAAACCUUGCAAAUAAUAAUCUUGAAGGCCCUAUUCCACAAAAUAUCAGCUCCUGCACAGCUCUGAACAAACUCAAUGUUCACGGUAAUCACCUGAGUGGUUCCAUUCCUUUGGAGUUUCAGAAGUUAGAGAGCUUGACUUAUUUGAACUUUUCAUCGAACCUUUUCAAGGGAGAAAUACCUGUCGAGUUAGGCCGGAUUGUCAAUCUCGAUACAUUGGAUCUCUCCCAUAAUGACUUCUCAGGCACAAUCCCAGAAUCUAUUGGAGAUCUCGAGCACCUCCUUGAACUGAAUUUGAGCAGAAACAGUCUCAGUGGACCAGUGCCAUCGGAAUUCGGAAAUCUAAGAAGUGUUCAAAUAGUUGAUAUGUCACACAACAAACUAUCUGGAUUCAUUCCGGAAGAACUGGGGCAAUUGCAAAACAUCGAUGCUUUGAUUUUAAAUAACAACAAUUUGUAUGGAACAAUUCCCGCGCAAUUAACCAAUUGUUAUAGCCUUACUUCCCUGAACCUCUCAUUCAACAACUUAUCAGGAGAUAUUCCAUCGUCUAAGAAUUUUUCGAGGUUCCCCCCUGAGAGUUUCAUGGGAAAUCCAAUGUUGUGUGGUAAUUGGUUGGAUUCUUGUCAACAAGAUGGUAAAAAGUCAAGAGUUACCAUUUCUCGGGUUGCAAUUAUCUGCAUUGCAUUAGGCUGCAUUGCACUAAUUUCUGUUUUAUCGGUGGCUGUAUACCGAGCCAAUCAACCAAAAUCAUUUAUUAAAGAACCGAGCAAAACUGUCAAAGGUCCUCCAAAACUAGUAGUUCUUAGAAUGGAAAUGGCAAUUCACACAUAUGAAGACAUAAUGAGAAUUACAGAGAACUUGAACGAAAAAUACAUUAUUGGCUACGGCUCCUCGAGCACAGUUUACAAGUGUGUGCUCAAGAACUCAAAGGCAAUUGCAGUCAAAAGACUCUACAAUCAAUAUGCUCAUAAUUUGCGUGAAUUCGAAACAGAGCUCGAAACAAUUGGCAGCAUUAGACACCGAAACCUGGUCACUUUAUAUGGCUAUUCUCUUUCCCCUCAUGGAAACCUGCUCUUCUAUGACUACAUGGAAAAUGGAUCACUUUGGGAUCUUCUACAUGGACCUUCGAAGAAAGUAAAGCUUGAUUGGGAUGCGAGACUGAAAAUAGCAAUCGGUGCUGCACAAGGACUCACCUAUCUUCACCAUGACUGUGAUCCAAGGAUCAUACACCGCGAUGUAAAAUCAUCAAACAUACUUCUCGACGAGAACUUUGAAGCUCGUGUCUCAGAUUUUGGCAUUGCCAAAUGCAUUUCAUCAGCCAAAACACAUGCUUCAACUUACGUGCUCGGCACGAUUGGCUACAUUGAUCCAGAAUAUGCAAGGACCUCGAGACUCAGUGAAAAGUCUGAUGUAUAUAGUUUCGGUGUCGUUCUUUUGGAGCUUCUCACAGGAAAGAAAGCCGUCGAGAAUGAAUCAAACUUGCACCAACUGAUACUGUCCAAAGCAGAUAGCAACACAGUGAUGGAAGCAGUGGACACAGAAGUGUCAGUAACAUGCAUGGAUUCAAGCCUUAUCAGAAAAGCAUUCCAGCUUGCAUUGCUAUGUACCAAGAAACACCCGGCCGAGAGACCGAACAUGCAUGAGGUUGUUCGAGUCCUGGUUUCGCUGCUGCCGGCCCCUUUGACUACAAAGUCAGGCUUCAUAUCCUCGAAGAAAAUCGCUUACACUCAUCUCCUAACUGAUCAAAAUGUAACUGCUAAUUCCCACCAAGAUGACGACAAAAACGAUGAUGACAACAGCAACAGCUCAUCAGAUGGUCAGUGGUUUGUGAGAUUUGGAGAAGUCAUAUCUAACAACACACUGUGAAGUUUGAAGUGUUGUGCCUGCUGCCAAGUUUUGUGACACAUAGACAAACUAAGAUUGGAGAAAUGACACUGAUGAUUUGGCUUUUUUCUUGGGACAUUGUGUGAAACUUGUGAAUGGUUUAAAUGAAUUAAAUGGUCCCCAUUCCAACACACCAUGUGAAAUUGAAUGUUGUGAAGGUGGUGAUGGUGGAGCUAAUCUUUGUGGCUCUGAUUCUUUGUCAUAUUUUGCAUUGGUAUAACUUUAUUUUCUUUGGC